AUGAGCUACGUCCAGUGGCUCUUCAAGGGCCUGGACUACGACCAGAAUAAACCUAUCUAUAUCGAUGCGAACAACCCAGAUCGCGGCCUCUCCGCUUCCCAAGUCAAGACUUUAGUCCUAAAGAUAGGUUCAGGCUUGCAAAAGUUUGGCCUCCAGAAAGGCGACUGUGCUUGUGUGGUCAGCCUCAACGAUAUUUAUUACACGCCGACAUACCUCGGCAUCAUCGCCGCCGGAGGAAUAUUCACUGGUGCAAAUCCAGGAUACACAGUCUUCGAGUUAGCACAUCACUUGCGUGUGUGCAAUGCGAAAUUCGUCGUCGCCGACUUACAAACCUUUUCUAAGGUUAAGGAAGCUGCCGCCGAGGUUGGGAUCCCAGAAUCCAAUAUUAUCAUUUUCGAUGUGCACCACGAGGGUGUGCCAUCUGGGACAACGUCCUUCUGGGACCUCAUCGGCGAUGAUGAGAUUACCAUUGAGGACAUUGUCGACUCAGCAAAUGUCCCUGCAUCAUACAUCAGCAGUUCCGGCACGUCGGGCCUCCCGAAGGCUGUGGUGAUUCCACACGCAUACUUGAUCAACCAGUGUCAGAUCCAGACUGAGAGGAAGAUGCCAUACGAGGUUAGCAGACUGUGUUGUCUUCCUCCGUUCCCGGCCUAUGCCGCCCCAUCGCAGCAUGGGAUGCCACUUAAGACAGGAUCUCCCUGCUACAUUAUGCCGCGUUACGAUGGAAAUGCGGUUUUGGAUGCAGUUGAGAAAUAUCAGAUCACGGAGGUUCUACUUGUUCCACCGAUGGUCCUCUCGCUGCCCUUGUUACCAAAAUGCACAAGCUCAACUGUGGCAUCUCUGCGUCAGGUUUUCUGUGGCGGAGCGGCGAUUGCAUAUCAUAUCCAGGAACAGCUGUAUGACAUUCUUCAUCCAGAUGCUCGCAUCAACCAGAUCUUUGGAAUGUCGGAAUGCGGCUGGGUUUGCGGAUUCCAAUAUCCAGAGAAAGACGAGACCAGUAGUGUUGGUCGGCCAUUUGCGGGGUUCUCCCUCAAAGUUGUAGAUAAUGCUGGAAACGACUGCCUCGAGGACGGCCAAAUUGGCGAAAUCUACAUUAAGCCUCCUUUCCCGAUGCUGGGGUAUCUCAACAACCCCACGGCAACAGCUGAAGCUUUUGCUCCUGGUGGUUGGACCAGAAGCGGAGAUGUUGGAUACGUCAAAGACUCUAAGUGGUAUGUCCCUGACCGCAAGAAGGACGUCAUCAAGGUCAAGGGUUGGCAAGUGAGUCCAACGGAGUUGGAGAGCGUACUCUUGCUACACGAGGACAUCAUCGACGCGGGUGUGAUUGGCAUCCAGGCCGCCAAUACAUACGACGGCAUACCUCGCGGUUUUGUUGUUCGGCGCCCAGGGAGCACUGUUACUGAAGAUGAUGUCAAGGCUUGGAUGAAGGAGAGGCUUGUGAGGUAUAAGCAGCUGGAUCGAGUUAUUUUCGUUACAGAUAUCCCGAGAAACCCAACGGGAAAGAUUCUGAGGCGCCUGCUGCAGGAAGGCAAAUACACCGAGGAGGUCGCGGCUGUUGGCGAGCAGAUUUCUGCAUCGGAGGCCGUUGUUGAGAAAGUCCCUAUCACUGAGAAUGGGACUUCGGGCUCUGAGGAUGCCGACGAACAUGUUACUACACCAGAGGCUAUUGCUGAGGAGGCCCUUGUCACAGAGAACGGAAAUUCAAAGGUUCUCGUCACUGAGAAUGGACAUUCAAACUCUGUGGCUAAUGGCGAGCAUGUUACUGCACCAGAGGCUAUUGCUGGGGAGGUCCUUGUCACUGAGAAUGGAAAUCCAAAAUCCCUCGUCACUGAGAACGGACAUUCAAACUCUGCGGCUAACAGCGAGCAGAUUGCUUCACCAGAGGUCAUUGCUGAGGAGGUCCUUAUCACUGAGAGCGGGAAUUCAAGCCCUGCAGCUAUCUAUAAGUAUGUUGCUUUGUCAGAGCCCGUUUAUCAAAGGGUCCUCGUUACUGAGAACGGAAAUACAGGCCCUGCAGCUCUCUAUGAGUAUAUUGCUUUGCCAAAGACCGUUUAUCAAAGGGUCCUCGUCACUGAGAACGGAAAUUCUGGCCCUGCGCCUGUCUACAAGUAUAUUGCUGUGACAGAGACCGUUUAUCAGAAGGUCCUCAUCACGAGGAAUGGAAAUACUGGCCCUGAGGUUACCAGCGAGCAGAUUGCUGCACGAGAGAUCGUUAAUCAUAAAGGCUCCGUCACUGAGAAUGGGUUUUCAAGUUCUACGACUGACUGCAAUCACAUCGUUUCAUCAGAGGCCGUCGCCCAGAAGGUUCUUUCCACUGCGAAUGGAAAUGCAAACCCCGCGGCUGCUUGCGAGCAUAUUGCUUUACCAAAUGUCGUUGUUGAGGGGUUUCCCGUUGUUGGGAACGGGAUUUCAAGCUCUGUCUUACCAAGCGAGGAGCAUAGUGCUGUCCCUUCCUAAUUUCGCGGAUUUACGGAUGAUAACUGGGAGUGUGAUAGGGCGUGAGCGGGCAACAGGGAUUAUUUUUUGUAGACAGAUGAUAUUUUUUUACUAGAUUUCCUUGAGAG